AUGGAAAAUCUUCGAUUAGUCGUCGGAAAUAGAAGAGGAGGUGACGCGGCAGCGAAUUUGGCUUCAGUUGUGGCAAAUGAGGAGAUCGCGGAUCUCGGUGAUGGCAGAGAAGAGAAUUUCGACAAAGAUGACUUUGGAGUGCUUGACACAAAUAUGGAGGCAAUAGGGAGGAAAAUGGUAAAGUUGUGUGCUGGUUUACCGUUAGCAAUCAUUGUGCUUGGUGGACUUUUGGCAACAAAGCAUACAUUAAGGGAAUGGGAGGUUGUAUACCAAAAUGUUCGUUCGCAAAAAUGGAGUGACGACCCCAUACAACAUGACAAUGGAGUAUCAACGGUGUUAGCUUUAAGCUACCAUGACUUGCCUUAUCAAUUGAAGCCAUGUUUUUUGUAUUUUGGUCACUUUCCGGAGGAUUAUAGGAUAAAUGCUGAAAGACUAUAUCACUUGUGGAUAAGUGACGGCAUAAUUGUAGAUGAUGAUAGAGUGGGAGAUGAAACAAUAAUGGAUGUGGCAAAACGUUACUUGGGUGCGCUUGCACAGAGGUGCAUGGUUCAAGUACAAGUACAGGACUAUACUCAAAGGAUCAAUGAUUGCCGCAUUCAUGACCUUAUGUUGGAGCUGUGUUUAUCAAAGGCAAAAAUGAAUGAUUUUCUUGGGAUCAUUCAUCUCCAACGUGAAACUGAUCUAGCUAAUUGCUUUUCCACCACAACAUCAACAACUACUGCUCCUAAAAUACGCAAACUUGCAAUUCAUUUGAAUAGGGAUGUCAAAAGAGUUGUCCUCCCUGAAUUGGAGACAACUAAACAUCUAAGAUCCAUAUUGUUCUGCAAUUCAAGGAGUGUCAACAGCAAGUCUUCAAUAGAGUUGAACUCCCAUUUGAAGUACUUCAAAUUGCUUAGGAAUUUGGAUCUUGAAGCAUUUAAGUUUGAUGAAAAGUCAGUCGAAUCAAUAGGCAACCUAAUUAGUUUGAGGUACUUGAGUUUUAGAAGUUGUUCGAUACCGAAAUGGCAUUCUGUCUAUCUGCAAGUUGAAACACUUGCAAACCUUGGAUUUACGAUUUUGUAA